AUGUUUCACAGACACCAUGUGGAGAACCUUCCUGUGUCAGAGAAGCAGGCCGACUGUGAAAAGCUUCUUUGUGAAGAAACAUGUGGGACAAUUGUUGGUAAGAAAUAUGAAUUAUGUCAGAAGGUAGAAAUGGUCACGAAUAAGAAGGUAAUAUGUGAAACAUGUGGCAAAAGCUUCCGUGAACGGAGAUAUUUGAAGAGUCACAUGAGAAUUCACACUGGUGAGAAGCCAUAUUCCUGUGAAACAUGUGGCAAAAGUUUCAUUAAACCAAGUAAUUUGAAGAUUCACAUGAGAACUCACACGGGUGAGAAGCCGUUUUCUUGUGAAACAUGUGGGAGAAGUUUCAGUAAACGUUCUCUUUUAAAAAUUCACAUGAGACUUCACACUGGUGAGAAGCCAUAUUCUUGUGAAACAUGUGGGAAACGUUUCAUUCAACAAAGUGAUUUGACGAUUCACAUGAGAUCUCACACUGGAGAGAAGCCGUUUUCUUGUGAAACAUGUGGGAAACGUUUCUGUAGACGGGUUCAUUUGUUGGAACACAUGAGAACUCACACUGGUGAGAAACCGCAUUUAUGUGACACAUGUGGAAAAAGCUUCAGUGACCGGAGAUAUUUGAAGAUUCACAUGAGAAUUCACACUGGUGAGAAGCCAUAUUCCUGUGAAACAUGUGGGAAACGUUUCAUUCAACGAAGUGUUUUGAUGAUUCACAUGAGAACUCACACUGGAGAGAAGCUGUUUUCUUGUAAAACAUGUGGGAGAAGUUUCAGUUUACGUUGUCAUUUGAAAAUUCACAUGAGAACUCACACUGGUGAGAAGCCGUAUUCUUGUGAAACAUGUGAGAAAUGUUUUUGUCAACGGAAUAAUUUGUUGGAACACAUGAAAACUCACACUGGUGAGAAGCCGCACUCUUGUGAAACGUGUGGAAAAAGAUUCAGUGAACGGAGUUAUUUGAAGAUUCACGUGAGAACUCACACGGGUGAGAAGCCAUUUUCUUGUGAAAUAUGCGUGAAGCGUUUCAUUAGCCGGAGGUAUUUGACGGCUCACAUGAAAACUCACACUGGUGAGAAACCGCAUUUAUGUGAAACAUGUGGAAAAAGCUUCAGUGAACGGGGUCAUUUAAAGACUCACAUGAGGACUCACACUGGUGAGAAGCCAUAUUCCUGUGAAACAUGUGGGAAACGUUUCUGUAGACGGGGUCAUUUGUUGAAACACAUGAGAACUCACACUGGUGACAAAUUCUUCGAAUGUGAAACAUGUGGCAAGAGCUUCCGUGAAAGGACACAUUUGAAGAUUCACGUGAGAACUCACCCUGGUGAGAAGCCAUAUUCCUGUGAAACAUGUGGGAAAAGAUUCAGUCAAUGUUGUAGUUUAAAAAUUCACACGAGAACUCACACUGGUGAAAAGCCAUUUUCUUGUGAAACUUGUGAGAGAAGUUUCAUUACACGUAGCAAUUUGAAAAUUCACAUCAGAACACACACUGGUGAGAAGCCAUAUUUGUGUGAAACAUGUGGGAAACGUUUCAGUCAAUGUAGUAGUUUAAAAAUUCACAUGACAACCCACACUGGUGAAAAGCCAUAUUCUUGUGAAUCAUGUGGAAAAACCUUCAGUAGACGCAAGUAUGUUACGGUUCACAUGAAAACUCACACAGGUUUGAAGCCACGUUCUUGUGGAAUGUUGGAAAAGAUUUCCUUACCCUGA